AUGUUUAAACAAAUAUUUAAUCAAUCUAAUCAGAUCAUUUUAUCUAAUUUAUCUUCAAAUUUUAAGUUUAAAAAACGAAUUUCAACUAAUUAUUUAUUCAAAAAUUCUUCGUUUAAUUACGUUACUACUAGAAACUUUACUGAUAAAAAUAUUAUUUAUAAUCAGAAUCUUUAUUUAUUUUCUAAAUUACAAAUAAAUGGUAACGGUCUUUCACGAAAGAAUACAAAAGGAAUUCGUUUUCAAAGUACGACCGUUAAUCAACAACCACAAUCAUUAGAAACAAAUGCAUUAGGAAUGAUACUAGAUCAAAAUAAUGAAUCAUUAUUAUUAAAAGAUCAAGAUAUGAAUAAUGAUAAUGUAUUGGAUUCAAAUAGUAAAAUAUUUGAGAAAUCGAAUUUUAUCGCUAACGAAUUAUCUAAAAAUGAAAAGGAAAUGUCGGAUGAAAUGAAUCUGAUGGAGAAAGAUAAUUUGAAUACUUUGGAUAAGAAUCAACAAAUUUUAAUAAAAUCUAUGUCAUUUGCUAAUGAGGAAACAUCUCUAGAGACAUUAAAUUAUGACAAUGAAAUAAGAGAUGCCCCACUAAAAACUGAUGUUUUAAUUUCACAAGUUCCAGAACCCUUUUCUGAUAAGGAAGCAUCUUUUGAUAGUAGUGGUUCAUUAGAAAAAAACAAGGACGCAAAAAAAGAUGUAGAAAUUGAUAUUUCAACUUCAAAUAUCAAAGAACAAGUACAUCAUCCAAUUAUUCAACUUGAAGGAAGGAACAUUGAUGAUUUAUGGAAUGAUUAUAAAAAUCUCACUCAAGAACAAUUUAAGACUUUGACAGUAAAAGAUUUCAAUCUUAUUAUUGAAACGUUCAGAAAAUUCUUAAAAGAUUCUGAUUUUUCUGAUAAGUCUGAUAAAUCUUUAGUUUAUAACAAAAUCAUAUCAAUAUUUGAAGAUCUUGAAGGGAAAGCAAAGUUGACACCUGAUGUUUCCACUUACAACAUAUUUAUGUCCACGGCUUUAAAUUUGGGUGAUUUAUCAAAUUUACGUAAUUUAUUCAAAGUUAUGAAGAGUCGAGGAAUUCAACCAAAUACAGUUUCAUAUAAUAUCAUGAUGUCAGGAUUCGCUAAAUUAGGUUCACGUCAAAAUAUAUACUCGUUACAUAAAGAAAUGAUUAAUUUGGGAAUCAAAAGUAGUAUAGUUACUUACACGAUACUACUUGCUGCACGCGCUAAGGAUAAACACUUUUUAGACGCUUUAAGAUAUUAUAGAAUGAUGUUAGAAGAAGAUAUAAAACCGGAUGUUCAGAUUUAUAAUGUAUUAUUAAAUGUUUUAAUGUAUGAUUCUGAUGGGCAUCAAAUUAUUAAAAUUUAUGAAGAAAUGAAAUCAAGAGGAAUCAAACCAACAGUCUUAACAUAUAAUAGUCUUAUUAGAGCAAUGAUUUUACGUGAUGAAAAGGAACGCGCGAAGGAAUUUUUUCGUGAGAUGGAAUCUGAAGGAAUCAAACCCAAUGUUUUAAUCCUUGAUUCUUUGGGGAUCACCGGAUUAGACGCUAUUCAAAAAUUACAAGAUUCGAACGGUGUAAAUUUAAAUUUAUUAGAUUAUAAUACACUUUUACGUGGAUGUUUGAAAAAAUCUGAAUAUGAUGACGCGAUCAAAAUUUUUAAUAUUAUGCAAGAAAAUGAAGUUUAUCCAAGUCUUGCAACUUAUACUAUUCUAACAGGUGCCUAUUUACAAAAUAAUGAAAUCGAAAAGGCUAUAGAAUUAUUUAACAGGAUGAAAAAUGAUAAUGUAUCUCCGGAUUCACAAAUUUAUACUUUUAUGAUCGAUUCUCUAUUGAUACAUAAAAAUAUUGAUGAAACGUACAAAUUAUUAUCAGAAAUAACAAAUUCGGAAAAUGAAAUAAAGUUUAAAAAGUCAGAAGUUAUUCGACUUCUUGAUUCGGCUUCAAAAUUAGAAGAUAGUAAAGUGAUUGAAGAACUUUUUCAUACGAUAUCCAAAACUGAAUCUCAAUUAUCAAAUGUAGCCUUCGAAAAAAUUCUUUGGCGCGUAGCACAAGAUGAAAAUUAUGAAGAAAAAAUCGAUUAUUAUUUAAAUUAUAUGGAAAAAUGUAAUAUUCCAACUCGAAAUACAAUUUAUGGAUCAAUCAUUGAAGGAUUUAUUCAAAAGGAUGAUGAUAAAAAUUCUAUAUACUGGUAUAAACGUAUGAUUGAUGAUGGAUUCAUUCCAAUAGGAAAAACCAUUUUCAAGAUGGUACAAUUACUUUCUAAAAAGAGUAAAAUUAAUAAUGUAUUGAAAUAUUGGAAUGAUUUUUAUAAUUAUGGAAUUAAACCUGAUAAAGAAGAUUUUAAUUUUAUAAUCGAAUACUGUUGUAAAUCGGGAAGAGAAUAUAUAGUAUCGGAAAUUUUUUCUCAAUGUAGAGAGAUGGGAUUUAAUCCUACAAGUGGAAAUCUUUUAAAGAUUAUGCAAUUUUAUUUUAAAAAGUCCAAAGUAAUGAAAGUAAUAGAAUUUUGGGACCUCUUUUAUGUUUUAAGAAUUCAUCCCAGAUUGGACGUCAUUAAUUUUAUGGUGGACUUUUGUUGUACGUUAAAAGAUAAGAAGCUUGUAUCACAAAUUCUUUCUCAGUGUUACGAUACGGGAUAUGAUGCUUAUUCACUUUAUAGAUUAAAGAAAUCUAACAAAGGGACCGAUGAGAUUAAUGCUUUGUUAAAUAAAUUAGAAAACACGAAUAAUGAUUCUAGUGAGAAAAAUUUAUAUGAGAAAAAUUUAGAAGUAAUUGAGCAUUGGAUAAAUUCUCGAGAGAAGAAAUCUAAUUUAUUUUCAAAUUUUAAUAAAAAUUUAAAUUUAUCCGAAAUUCAGACGUUAAGGAGAGUAUUAAAUAUAGAAGAGCGAGCUAUAAGAAAACGAGAAAAAUUAACUGAUUUCUUACAAAAAAAUAAAAGCUUAUUAGAUCCAGGUGCUCAAAAAAGUUUAAAAUCUUGGACUCCAUAUAAAAAAUACGUUAAAAAUACCAAUAAUUUGAAAGAUGAUGUUAAUUCAAAUAUUGAAGAAAAUGUAAAGAAUGUUGAUUCAACCAAUAUAUUAUCAGAAAAUGAUGAAUUAUUAGUUGAUUCAAUAAUUGAUGCAACUUUUAAUAGUGUGAUCGAACAAAAUGUAACGGAAUAA